CUGAGGCGGGGAGGCCCGGGAGGCCGAGGAGGCGGAGCCGGCCAAGGCUGCCUGAGUGACGGCGGCGGAUAGCCCGGCUCGGCUCAGCGGGGAGGCAGCGGCGCCAUGGCCCCGCUGGGGUCGGACCGAGUGGGCUACUGGGGCCCCACCACGUCCACCCUGGACUGGUGCGAGGAGAACUACGCCGUGUCCUUCUACGUGGCCGAAUUCUGGAACACUCUGAGUAACCUGAUUAUGAUUUUACCUCCAAUCUAUGGUGCCAUUCAGACAGUCAGAGAUGGACUGGAAAAGCGGUACACAGCUUCCUAUUUGGCUCUUACAGUGGUAGGAUUGGGAUCAUGGUGCUUCCACAUGACUCUGCAGUAUGAAAUGCAGCUAUUGGAUGAACUACCCAUGAUCUACAGCUGUUGUAUUUUUGUCUACUGCAUGUUUGAAAGUUUCAAGGCCAAGAACACAGUCAAUUACCACCUGAUUUUUAUAUUAGUGCUAUUCAGCUUAAUAGUAACCACAGUUUACCUAAAAGUUAAAGAGCCUAUAUUUCAUCAGGUCAUGUAUGGACUAUUGGUUUUUGCUCUAGUACUGCGGUCUAUUUAUAUUGUUACAUGGGUAUAUCCAUGGCUUAGAGGACUGGGUUAUACAUCCUUAGGCAUAUUUUUAAUGGGAUUUUUCCUUUGGAAUGUAGACAACAUCUUUUGUGAAUCACUGAGGAGCUUUCGAACAAAGAUGCCACCUUUUGUGGGUGUUUUUACACAGCUACAUGCUUGGUGGCACAUUCUUACUGGCCUUGGCUCUUAUCUUCACAUCCUUUUCAGCUUGUACACAAGGACACUUUAUCUGAGGUACAGACCAAAGGUGAAGUUUCUCCUCGGGAUAUGGCCCACGAUCCUGGUCGAGCCACCGAAGAAGCACAUAUGAGAAGAGGUCCCACGAAGAAAGCACAACCACCCACUGCCGGCCUGGUUGCCUUGGGGAGAUAGUCCCCUGACUUUUCAAGCUUCCGUAUUAAACAUUGGAACAUUGGACCAGCCCCUGUGGUGCAAGGAUGAAUGUCUGACCAAUACCACCAGGCCAGAAACAAGAGUGAGAAGCGGGCGCACGGCUCUUAGUGUGUCAUUUUCUCCCUCACGCUGUCUAAAAGGACACCAAUAUGAUUUUCAUGUAUAUAUUGAAGGGCUGCAGAAAUUGGGCUUCUUUAAUGAGCUGGUCAUAGGUCACUGUCCAGUGGUCACUAGACAGCUACUUUUUCCCCCUUUGAUUUGGCCUGAAUCUCUAAUAUGUAACUUUUCCCUGUGAUUUUAAAUGAAUAUGCAAUUGAAUAAUGGAAAUUGCUGGCUAGAGUGGAGCCCGCCUAAGUAUCUCCCUGGAUGCUUAGUAGUGAACUUACUGUCUAAGUACAUCCCCCCUUCAUUCAGACACUUGUAGAAGGAACCAAGGUGAGAGGGUCCGACGGAGGUUAUUUCUGCUCUCCCCGGGAGCCACACAUCACCUCGGCCCCUGCGCCCCGUUGUACAAGCACUUUCCACACAGCACUGGCCCGUCCUGGAUCACAGACUCCCCAGAGCACUAAGUAUGUCACGGCCAGGACCCUCCAUGACCUGGCUUCACCCUUUGUCGUGUCAUUUUGGCCAAGGGCCCAAGUCACCAAUCAGUCAUUAACAUUCCUCCCUCUAGUGCUUCCCCCAAGUGAGUUACCUCCCAGCGCCCUUGGAAGUGAUUGCACCUCGGCUUCUGUUUUCAGGGGACCAGUUCCUAGUCCUGGGAAGAUACUCUAAUACCCUCUAAGGAGGCUGUGCCAAACAAGCCCAGUAAAUCAGGGUUGGAGCUGGAUAGUUGGGCUGUGAUUUGUUUUUCUUCCUUAGACUCAUUAAAGGUGAUGUUUCUAACAUGUGUCCACA